AUGACGAGCAAGCGGCCGAACCCGAGCCGCUUCCAGACGCCAGCGCCCGCGCUGCCGCAACCAGAAACGGCGGCUCUCGACGACGCCCUCGACCGCUGCGCGGUGCGGCGCCUGCAGCAGCUCGCGCAGCGGCCGCCGCCGUCGUCGGAAGGCGACGAGCGGGCGACGCUCGCCGGCCGCAAGGGCAAGGUCGCGCUGCACAACGGCCACUUCCUGCGGCGCACGCUCGCCGGCGUCGAGUCGCACAACCGCCGCGUGACGCCGGCCGCGCUGGCGCGCCCGGAGCCGCCGGCGCCGCCGCACUUCGUGCGCGGCCGGUCGCGGUCUAGAUCACGCUCGUGCUCUCCCUCGUCGUCGCCGGACGCGCCGCGCCGCGUCGAAGUCGUGCUCGAGGACGACCGACCGACGGGCAUCCUCUUCGAGAAGCACGAGAGCGGCCGGCCGGCGGUGCUGGGCUUCGCGGCGUCGUGUCCCCGCACCGUGGCCGCGACCGUGCGGCCGGGCAUGGUUCUGUCGAAGAUCGCGGGCGAGCGGUGCAAGUACAUCGAGUACGACCGCGCCCUGGAGCUCGUCCGCGCGCUGGAGAAGCCGCUGCGCCUCGAGUUCCGCGCCCCGCGGGCGGCAAAGAGGCGUCGGGAUUCGGAUCGGCGGCGAAGGCGAAGGCGGUGA